GUUUUGCAUCAUGGCGGGAAUAUUAGUUUGAUUUACGAGAUUCUAACUACAUUUUAGCCAUGAAGCAAGAGAUUUAUCAACAGAUAUUAUCCAUGAUGCAUACUUAUGGUUCAAGGGACUGUUUGAAAACCAUUGCUUUGCAGUUCCCGGGGUAUGUAGGUCGUUUAGUAACCAAUUAAAUAAACGUCAUACGCAAGGUCACCGUAUCGGCUAAAUAAAAACCUUGAACGAUGUACAAAAUGCCUUAGUGCUAUGCAUCGAAUGAGCAAUUGUUGAAUGAGAUUAAGCAUUUCAUACGCACAAAAUCUUUUAAAAAACCCGUAAUAAUUAAUACACACCACUUUAAUUAUACUCUAAUUUCUGCUUCUUCUUUCUUUUAGUGUGACAUAUAACACACUAGUUAGCAUAUACUCACAAGAUUAUCAGGUAAGUCUUAUGACAAAAGAGUAUUUAUCCCUGAAAAAGUAGGCCUUUAACUGGUACCUAUGUGUUGUGAGAAAGAAAACAUGGCUGUCACAUAGUUUUUGUGCAGCUGAAACAUUUAACCUAUUUAAGAUAUCUAUAGCACUGUAAUACAUUGCAAAGUGUGAUCGACAUCCUCAGGCGUUAAUUCAAGAUCAGGCUAAUAUCCAGCUUUUUCACUAGAAUGUAUUUUCAGAGAUUGAUGACUGGAAGCGUGCUACCUUGUGCUUUAAUGCUGUGAGAUUUAUUUCAUUUUGCUUCUUUGUUAUUUAAGAACUCAAAAGUAUGUCCCAGUUGCAAGAGAGUGAUUUGCUAAAGUACCAUUGAGUUGCAAUUUGCGUGUGGAUUGAUCUUUGUAGUGCAUAAGCUGAAGUGUAAAGCAAUGCUGUCACUGGGUAGCUGUUUAGUAUUAUCACUUGUUUUGGUGUUGUGGCACAUUUUACAGACUAAAAUGGAGCACACUUGCAAGCUUGCAUGAUCAUUCAGGCUUUUGUUUUGUCAUUUUUUUCAGUUGUUAUUUUCUCUAAGUCCUUCAAAGUGAUAUAUUAAAGAUACAGUUUGUGUCCAUGGGCAUAAAUAUGUUUUGGGCUCUUCUCAAACUCAUUUUAACCCUCACUUGUCAGGUCAGGCUAAAAUGACUAUGAGUUGGGCCCAAAAUAUAUUUAUUCCUGGGAACAUAAACUUUAUUAUUUUAAUGUGACUUGUUGCACACAUCAAUUGGCAUUUAGGAUAUUUUUUCCAUCUCUUUUACCUGUUGUUUAAAUUUUUUGCCUGGAUGUUUAUUUUUGCUGUUGUUUACCUUAACAGAAAAAGACAAGAAAAAAUCACCAUAAACACCACAAGCCAGAAGUGAUGGAGGCCUACUACAAGAGGUGAGGAUAAAGACAUUUUAUAGCACAUACUAAUCACAAUUUAGUGCAACAUGAAAAUAGCUAGCAAAGUUUAAGAGAUGCAAUACUUUAAGGACAGCAUGAUAAGUAUAAAUAUUUUACUUGCAAAGCAACCCAAACAGAUUUAAGCUUUUUAAAAGCAGCUUGCUCCCUGAAAAAAUUACCACGUCCUUCCUCAAAUUGAGUGGUUGCCCUGUGAAUUAAUUCCAUAAGUGUCUCAACCCUUUGAACCCCAUAAUUGACCAAGAUAGUAUUUUUCCUUAGAAUAUUGAUACAAUAUCAGACACACAAAUGAUGAGAAUAAAUAAUGGUAAUUGAACUGAGAGGGGUUUAACUUGGUCCAAAAUCAUAUGCCUGAUUUCAAAUUCAAAUGAGCAUGCAGCACAAGUUUGAUUUAAAGUUAUGAGUAUGAUUUCAGACAAUAAUUACACUCCACUCAGUUCAAUUACCACUUUGAAAUUGCAAAAGUUACUCCUCAUAUACAGGAACUUUUUAGUCUGUUCGAAUAUUUAAUUGAUCCAGUGCUGAACUUGUUUUUGUAAAUAAUUGCAAAAGCUGUCUUUCAUUUUCCUGCAAUUUGAGUGGUUACUUUAAACAAGCCUUGAAAUCUGAUUGAUUGUUGUGUUUUAGUAAAGCUUUCUUGUUGGCUUGGGAAAAAAUGCAAUUUAGAGCCAAUAAUGGUGUGAUUUGUUAAUAAAUCAAACCAAUAAGAGCCAAUCAGAUUAUAAGGAUCACUGUUGAUUUCAAAAUGGAUGUAAUAAAGAGUGAUAUCAGGAGAUAAUGAGAUGUGGGAGUGAAAGAGCAAAGAAAAAUAUGGCAAAAGAGCCAUCUACUCACUUCUGCAUCUGUAAUCAAGGAAGCUUUUUUAUCCAAAGCUUUCUGACAUGCCUGGCUCUUCUUAAAUUAAUUUCCAUCUCAGUUUGGUAUCUGGAAAAGUAUGGUGCCUAACCUAAUCUUAUCUGAGGCAUCAGAUAUUGUCUCAUCUUGAACUUCACUUUUCUCUAAAACUUUUUAAUUGUUAGAUACUUGUCAGGUGUAUCUCAGGACUCAGGAGAGCCUGUAUUGUUAAGGAUUGCUGAAGAGGUAAAGGUACCUAUAUCAGACUAUGCAAUCAUAUAAAAUUAGGCCUUUAACCUUAAGAGUGAUUAGCAUCUAAUUUCUUCUUGCAAUAUCAGCCCUGAAUCACAUUCAAGGUCAUGAGAAUAAAGGAAAUGAUCAACAACUGAACUAGCUGGUGAUUGUUAAACAAAGAGGUGUGAGACCUUGGCAGGUCAUUGUGUUGUUUACUCUCAUAAAACCUCUCCCCACCCAGGAGUAUAAAUGUGUCACCGUGAAUUGUCAGGGAAGCCUGAUGAAAUGCUAGGAGGUGAUCUGGCAAUAGACAGGCCUUUGAUCCAGGGGCGAAUAAUAAUACUCCUUGUUGCUUUGUGCCAAGAAGCUGGAAUAAGUUUCAGCUGGGUAGUCCACUGGGCUGGAGUGCAGACUUUAGCUACCUUACCUGCCCGUUCUCAUUUCAGAAUAGAAAGAUAAGACAGAUGGUACAAACAGGGUACUUUGUAAAGGUAAAAACAUGAUUUCGAGUGAAAUGUGGUGUUAAUAAGCACAAGCAAGGUUUUCGAGGACAACAAAAUUGCACGAACCCGUAGUACUCUUUGGAAAGUUUAUAAGUGCUUAUUUACACCAAAUUGCACCGGAAAUCAUGUUGUUACUUGUUAAUAAUUUACCUAAAAAAAGCACCACAAAAAGUCAAGACGGACGAAACUUUGGCAGUGCACGCUAUUUGUAAUUUGCAAUCGUGUUGCAACUUUGCACUCGUGUUGCAACUUUGCACUCGUGUUACAUGAAAAAUAUACUUGUUUUCAGCCAAUCAGGCGCGCGUGACUUUUUAUGUUUAUUAUUACACUAAGAACAGCACACAAGGGAAAGCCUCUAGUUACGUCCUUCUCACGUCUUUUUUUGUCAGUGUUAUUAUUCCCUGAAGAGCUUGAGCCUUGUUUUUUCAAAUCAUCAGGUUGAUUUAUCCCAUUCUCUUCUGGCAAGAAUAGUACUUGUAAGGCAUCUUUCUCACACUUGUUACGAGGAACAAAAUCGUAAGUGCGGCAUGUUUGUUUCUGACGGUAAAUAAAUCCUAUAAACUCUUUGAUCCAUAAGAGUGACUAGCGUCUAAUAUCUCCUUACGAUAAAGGAAAUGAUUAGUAACUAAAAAAGCUCUUGAUUGUUAGACAAGUUCUUCUUGUAAGCACCUUAGAAAAUGUAUGCAGAACAGUAUGGAGAAGAUGAAUACUGAUGUGAGAGUGUGAAUGGUUAAUGAAGCCCCUCACGGACAUCAAGAUCAAAGUUUCUUGGGCACCUGGAAUUUUAGUCAUGGGAAAGUUUUUUUUUCUUUUUUAUCUCAGCUCCAAAAGGUGUUGUAAGCCAGAUGAUGAAAGAUCCUCUGUCUAUCAUAGAGGACAAGACAUUAGCUAACGAGGUGCACCAGGUAAGAUGCCAUAAAAAAUUCACAGCGGUCAAAUGUCGGGCAUGCGCGAGGGGAUCAAUUCUGGUCGGCCGCGCGCCAAUUUCCCGCGCAAAAUUCAAAGGAAGACAUAAGAAAAAAAUCACUGUCUCCUCAAAUAAGCGAAGGAAAAUUGAAACGUUCACAGAGAUCAGUCAAAGAAACAAAAGUAGUGAAAAGGAAAACUCAAGACAAAGCUUUUUCAAGUAUUUGGCGAUAACACCUCUGACGAAGGGCUAACGGUCGACGAGUCAGCUUUGGAAACUCUUUACGGUGUCCAAUUUACAUUAUCAAGUCUGUUGAUUAAACCACAUCUUUUUAUACUCCCCCCAACGAAGCAGCACCAUAGUUUCUUUAGAAACUUAACCCCUUUUAUUCAUUCGCAAGAUUAUUUAGUUACACAUAUACUACUGCCAGUGUGUUGAAAUCACGUAGAAUUACACUUUGAACAAAGACUAAACAACAUAUUUACAGUAUUCCUUUCGUUUUUUUUUUUCAGUGUAUAUUGAAUGAUCCAAACUACGGACCCUUGGCGGACACCAUUAAACGGUAUCCUUAAAAUGUAAGGAGACAAAAAAAAAAAAAGCUAGAAUAGAAGAUAGCAUUCGAAUUUGGCUUGCUAGGAACAAAAAGAGAUUUGAAUGUCAAAUAUUCAGAGUACGUAAGUUUCAGUCUUCGUUGGGGAUAAGAUUUUUAAGUUGUUGAGAUUGUUGAGCCAUUUUCUCGUCGAAAAAAAAGGCAAAAACAAAAACAAACAGUGUAUAGUCCAAAUAUUAGGCGGUUAUUUUAUAUAGACUACGAGCAAUCCCUCCACUUUGGCGAAGUCCGUCGCACAAGUAAAGAAAAAUCGGUAAACAAAAACAACAACAACAGUUUAGCGUACCGCGCGGAACGCUGGGAAGGAGGCGCGGAAAAGUCGUCUAAUAAUCUCGGAAUGCGACUGCGACGUCGUCACUCUCCUUUUUCGGCACAUAAGGCGGUUUGCUUGUUUUUGCUUUAAGCUCCCAUUUGCUCUUUGUAAUAAAGGGGAUAAGUUUCUAAAGAAACUGUGGUGCUGCGUCGGUGGGAGAUUAUAACAGGAUAAUUAGUAUUAUCAACUGAGUUGAUAACGUAAAUUUGCCACCGUUAAGAGUUUAUUUAGAGCCAACGCUCGAAAUGUCAGCUUUGAAACUCUUUACAGUGGCCAAUUUACGUUAUCAAUUCAGUUGAUAAUACUAAAGUACCCUGUUAUGCUCUUUGUAAUAGUUGCCUUGUUCUGAUUUUCUGUCUGUGUGAUUGGCUUUGGUUUUACCACACUCGUUUCGAAUGCGUCAGAGAUGCGGUCUAGAAAGGUGUAUUGCAUGGAGUUUCCCUUAAUUUAUUGACAGUUCUGUUGGUUACGAGUAUGAGUUCAUUCUACGAGAGAGACUUAAAAAUCGAGGCAUUCCAUUCCUUGGUGAGUGAUAGAUUAGCUUUAAGGUAUAAAUAUUGAAUGUGCAGAAAUGUAAACGGGUACAGAUUUACAAAGUAUCACCGAUGGUACAAGAGGAGCAGGGAUGGCGCACUGCGGCCUGGGUUCGAUUCCUGGGUGUCACAUGUGGGUUGAGUUUGUUGUUGGUUCUCGUCCUUGCUCAAAGGAUUCAAGUUUCUCCGAGUCUUCUGGUUUUCCUCCCUCCGCAAAAAAAAACAAACCAACAAACAAGCAAAAAACAAAAAAAAAACAAUCCAAAUUCGACCUGGAAGCAGAGGACAAGAAGGACCACCUCGUGGAAUGGCCGCUGCUAAAUUCUCAUUCCCCUUCCCAUUAUUCCCGCUGUUUUCAGAGUUGUGUGCACCAACUCCGUUUCCUCGUCGACUCAAAUGGUAGAACGGCGUGCAACCAUAAAGGAGGUCGAGGGCUUGGGCCUGAGACCGAACCCCAAACCGCGCUGUCGUCUCCUGCACUUUCGCUGUUAUGGCCUGCCCACUACAAACAGUAUAACACCAAGUGCCUGGUGAUGUGAUAUGUCCUCUUUUCACGGGAGUUGCACAGAAAAUAUUUUUUGUGCCUCUCCCCUUUAAAAAUAUUAGUAAAAGAAAGCUUGCAAUAAAUCAAAAAGUAAAUUAAAAAACAUCGUUCUUUUACAACAACACCAAUUUCAUCAAGUGCCGGUGCAUUCUGCCGGUCUCUGGGUAUUCUUAGUAGUCUUCUUUGGAAUGUCACACAACACUCCUUCUCGAGUUACGUUGUGUGAGUUAUCAUAGAGAGAUAGACUGAUCUUGUGGUAAUUUCCUCUUCCUGUCGCUUCUUAGGUGAGGAUGACUUGAGAAGUCGUGGAUACGACAAAACACCAGACUGCAAACUGGAAAUUCCCAUCGGUACGUUUUUUCCCUUCCGGAGAAAAAUAAUUUUGGGCCGGAUUACGUUACCGUUUGAAUGUAUUGAAAAAUUUCGCCGGAAGUUUUCAAGUUUGUUUUUCGCUAUGUGCAUGAAUCCUGUCCAUCUUUGACCAUCCAUGUUUUCUUUAGGUUUAUUUACACGUUUUUGUGUUUUCCUUCCUCGACAACUUUUAUUUACAGGCUUCUUUCCAGUUUUUGUCGUCUUUCAACCACCCUUACUUAAUAAAACCAACAUGUCUUUGUUUCAAAUAUAUUAAAGUUCGUAGCCAAAACUUUACUCAGGAGGGCUGACUAUCUACUAUCUUCACUCGAUUCGAAGGCUGAGGAGAGGAAAUAUGUUUCUAAUGUCCUAAAGGCGAAUGGCCAUACCAAAACUUUUCUCCGUAACUGCCGAAAACCAGUUACAACUAGUAGCACUCCUGAUGAGAGGGAACCAGCGACUGGUUUGCUGUUAUUCCCUACAUUCAGGGUGUUACGGAACCCAUCAAGAGAAUUUUGAAUAGCCACAACGUUAAAGUUGCUCAAAAACCUUUUCAGACUUUGGGGCAUACUUUUGCCAAACCUAAGGAUCCUGUCACGAAAGAACAACGAACUGACGCUAUUUAUUCUAUUCCGUGCAAUGACUGUGAUAACGGACAGACCAAACGUCAGUUUGGUACAUGUUUGAAAGAGCAUCAAAAAGCGGUCCUCUUUUGCAAAAAAGAAAAUUCAGCUUUAUCGGAGCACACAUGGCUAACCAACCAUACAAUUGGGUGGGCUAAGUCUAAAAUUAUCACCACUAAUCGGCGUUACCACUAGCACCUUUGUUUGGAAACCUGGCAUAUAAACUCCGCCCACGCCCCUUUAAAUCGUGAUGAUGGCGGCUUACUUCCUGACGCCUAUUUACACCUCGUGAGAAAAAAGAUCAGCUAAUUAGUGAGCGCACUAGACAGGAGUGUCGAACGUUGGGUCCAUGAAUUGUAUCUUUUCGGUUAUAUUCACUAAAUCUUUAAACCAGAGUAGCAUCAAACCAAGUCUGAUGUCUUUGUUUCUUAUGAGCGCGUUUCGAUUUAGUGUGUGCCGUGAAACCAAAACCAAAAUAAUCACAAAGGUCGAUCACAGUGAAGGAAAAUGCCCAUUCAGCCAAUGAGAACCCAGGCAAGUAAAUUUCCCAAAGUGCGGAGAAACACGAUCGAUUAAAGUUCCGAUUGGUGUUAGUUUCCCAUCUCAUUGGUUGAGGCAAUGGCGCGAUAAUUCACGUUACUCUCCUGCCUUUAUCCACCUAGUGGUAUCACGGGAUACCUGUACUGGACGAACAUCCAGUCCAAGCAAUAGCAAUUCUUUAAAUUGUUUAAUGCUUCAUAAUGCUACAGCUGCAUGCUCCUUGCGAAUGAAUAUGAAAGCAAAUACAAGCAUUUGGAUUAAGAGAAAUUUAACGUGGAAACCUUUCUAUUGGCGAUGGCCUGGUCAUGACCUAGGGAUGUCUAUCUCAGAAAUCCAGCUGAUUGUAUCUGUGCUAUUUUCAAGAUAAUUUGGUUUUAGUGGACAGCAUUGAAGGCGCGCUCUGACUGGCUUCUAAAACUCCGAAUGUCCUCUGCCAUUCACCUCCGUUUCAGGAAUAAAUGAUUGAAAUCAUUUUUUUGUGCUGUAUUAUCUCACUGUUUUAGAAUGUAGUAAAACAACUAUUGACCUCAGUGUCGGUGGGUAGCGCCACCUUCACGUCGGUGAAUAGUUGUUAAUUAUCAACUUAGUUGAUAAUGUAAAUUGGUCACCGUAAAGAGUUUCUAAAGCAUUGUUUCUUUGGAAAUUUACCCCCUUUAUUCAUGUGUUAUUUUCAGCUGUAGACGGUUGCGUGGUUAAUUGGAUUGAAAGCAAAGCUUCAUUCGGCGAUGAGUACAAUCACCAGACGAAUUUGAAAGAUCAGUUUUGGAGUUACUGGAACAGGUAAAGCGAUGAACUUUAGAAGCUUUGCGUCAUAAUCUUUCACUGGUUUUUGUUUUUGUUUUUUUUUUUGGCCUAGCGCUAUUUUAUCUCCACUUAAGAAGGAACGCGCGCAAAGUGAAAACCUAGGAAGAUAGGAUAAUCCCAAAAGACUAAAGAAGACACUGGACUAGCGUGACGCGCACGCUCAAACAUUUUUAAAACAUUUAGAUCUAUGAAUUCGCCCGAAUGUGGCGUACAAGAUUAUAACGAGUGCGAAUGGCAGGUUUUAUUGUUUUCAUCUCCAAGGACCAGGAGUUUCAAUAAAAGCAGGUUACAGGUGGUCCACCGCUGACCGUACGACCUCUCACUGCUGUCUAUCCAGCCUGCCAGCGCCCCCCUUGUAUGGGCAAAGCCGUUUAAUUACUCCAUCGGCAGCCUCUAAUCGUUAACUGAAAAUAGUUGAAACUCCCGAAGGACCUUGUGCUGAUUGAUAGCCCUCGUGUUUUCAGCUCUUCUUUUAAGUUCUUCCAAGUGGAGUUGGGAGUAUGCAAUACGAAUUCAAUUGGGGGAAAAAUUGAAACACAUUGUAAAUGGCAGACCUAAAACUUAUAGAUCAAACUUUUCAUUGUUCCUACUGCGGCUCAGUAAUGAUAGACUACGCGCAGUCCCUCCUUUUGCAGUUUCUCCCUUCCUUCGCAUGAUUAAAAAGAAAUCUGUAAAAAAAAAUGUUGAUGUUAGCUUGCUGCGCGGAACUCUAGGAGUGAGGCGCACCAAAAGUAGGUGUUCCAGAGUUCCACGCAGCGCCCUAACCUAAUUUAUUUUUUGCUGAAGUUUUUUUACUCGCACAACAGAUUUCUCCGAAAAGAAGAGACUGCUCGUAGUGAUUAGAAAUUAUGCGCCUGGUUUCAUUUCGCAGAUUUGGUCCAGGCCUGGUGAUUUACUGGUUUGGAUUCAUCGAUGAACUCGAUUGUAACCGAGAGCGUGGAAUUAUCUUAAAAGGCGACUUCCCUACAGAUAUCAUAACGCUAGAGUCCCUUUUGGAAACUUCCUGAAUAAACCAAACUGUAUGAGGCAAGAAAGAAUCUUUAUGGACUGGAAAGACGAAGGUGAACCAACAGAAAUUUCUGAUUUUGGACGCAGGAUUUGUUAGCGCACGUCUCGUGCGCAUAAAUCAGGACUCGAUAGCGAAAGCGCUAUGCUUAAUCCAUGCUUCAAUUUCCUUGUGUGCUUCAAGUUAUGGGUUUUAAGCUGUAUCACUGAGCUGCAACGAAACUGGCGUAGUACAUCUCUAACUUCAGCAGAUUAAGUCACACAACUCUUGUGGUCCAGAGUUGUUGGAGCACGUCCUGGUCUGUGUAAAAUGAAACAGUUAUGCAUGUUGAUGCUCUUCCUGGACAAGAUGGAGAGUCAAAAUUUCACUUACAGUGUUCUGGCACACACCUAUGCUGGGUGGAGACAGCCACUGUGAAUCUAAAUUAUCUUUUAAAAGAGCACAACACAAUGAGCUCGCUAGAGGUCUACCCGACCCUGUUGCUCACGAGUGACUGGCAUUCCCUUACAUUAUCCUGCUGAAUCACACUUUAAGGCCAUAAGAAUAAAGGAAAUAAUCA